UAGUGGCCACAAAGGAGGGAAGCUGUAGUUAUAUUCUUCUCUGGACCUUCUUCCUGACAGCAUCCAGUUGUCUAAUAACAGUAGGUGGCGCAGACAGUGGAUCUUGUCCCGGUAAAGGAAUUACAAAUCUGUAGCAACUCUACACUGACUGCAUCACAAGCCCUCGUGAAUAAAGUGUCACCGUGGUGGUGUCAUUGGUGCACUAAGAAAAUCAUGCUCAUGGACUGGAGGCGACCAAACUGCACUGGAUUAAACACGUGUGGAGAGCAAAGUGUGCAGAAGAAAAAAAGGAAGCACAAUCCCUAAGGAGUGGCUCUUGGUGUCGUUGCCAUGGAUCACACAAGCCCAGGCAGCCUCCACAGCUGAGAGACUGUCCUGAAAAUGGAGGUCUUCAACCCUGGCUGCGUCUCCAGUUUGCGAAACUGUCUGGGUGGAAUCUAUCAAAUCUUGAGCGCCUGCUCGUAAACAACCGGACACCAUCAAAAUUCGAAUGGAGGCUUAAUGAAGGAUGCUCUCUACAAGGCAAACUGGGCACUGACACAAAUGAAGUAUGUAGCAUCAUUCACAGCAUCUAAAACAGAGACUCUGCCAGUAUGGAAGAACAGACUACCACUGUGAUUCAGAUUUACGUAAAUGACACUAAGCAGUUCAAUGCUUCGUAUGACUUCAACCUAACCGAUGUGAAAGAAAGCAUAGACACCUAUGAGUUUUACGUUAUCGGCCUGUUUCUCUCCUGCCUGUACACCAUAUUAUUGUUCCCCAUUGGCUUCAUUGGGAACAUCCUCAUUUUGGUGGUCAACCUCAACCACAGGGACAAGAUGACCAUUCCUGAUCUGUACUUCGUCAACCUGGCCGUGGCGGACCUUAUUCUUGUGGCAGACUCGCUCAUCGAAGUCUUCAAUCUCAAUGAGAAGUACUACGACUACGCCGUCCUCUGUACCUUCAUGUCGCUGUUCCUCCAGGUGAACAUGUACAGCAGCAUCUUCUUCCUGACAUGGAUGAGUUUCGACCGAUACAUUGCUCUCGCUAACUCUUUGAGCAGCAGUCCACUCCGGACCAUGCAGCACGCUAAACUCAGCUGCAGCCUCAUCUGGAUGGCCUCUAUCCUGGCUACUUUGCUUCCUUUCACCAUUGUGCAGACACAACACACCGGCGAGGUGCACUUCUGCUUCGCCAAUGUCUUUGAGAUCCAGUGGCUCGAGGUGACGAUCGGAUUUCUGGUGCCCUUCUCCAUCAUCGGCCUGUGCUACUCCCUGAUCGUCCGCACCCUCAUGCGAUCCCAGAAGCACAGGGGACUGUGGCCGCGCCGGCAGAAGGCCCUGCGCAUGAUUGUGGUGGUGGUGCUGGUGUUCUUCAUUUGCUGGCUGCCUGAAAAUGUUUUCAUUAGCAUCCAGCUGCUCCAAGGCACAGCUGACCCGUCGAAACGCAGCGACACCACACUGUGGCACGACUACCCGUUGACUGGACACAUCGUCAACCUGGCCGCAUUCUCCAACAGCUGCCUUAACCCGAUCAUUUACAGCUUCCUCGGGGAGACUUUCAGGGACAAGCUGCGCCUUUUCAUCAAGAGGAAGACCAGCUGGUCUGUGGUUUACCGCUUCUGUAAUCAUACCCUGGAUUUGCACAUCCAUGUCAGGAGCGAGUCUGAAGUGUAGCACAGGUGUGGCGACCUGUAAUUCCUGAGGUUGACAUCUGCCUUGCCUCGCUUUCCAGAACUUGAUCAUGAAUCGACGGAGAGAGCUUUGGGUUAGCUUGACGCCUUGAACACUGCCUAAUUCUUAAAGUCGGCUGAGCAAAACAAGGAUUAUUCAGGGUGAAUCACCUGCUCAUGAAGUGGAUUAUAAAACGCAGAUGCAGAGUUUGGCUUACGGCUACCUUUUUACAAAAUACGACAACAAGUCACAAUGAAGAUGAUAUUCUCUGAGUCCAUUUUAAGGAAACAAAUAAAGUCUUGGAAGCAACUGCUACCCAUUUCCCAUCUGAGUUAUUGUUACAUAUAUUCUCCUUUUCAUAUUUUAAUGCUACUGACACUGAUAAAAUCAACAACUUAAUCUGUUCUGCUUCAAGACUGAAUAAAUGCAUAUUUUGUAGGAUUUUUCAUUGAGGACACCUUCAGGGGGGAUGCUAAAAACGUGAGAAUCUUUCGUCAUAUUCAAGAGCGUGAGAUUUACUCCCAGGCCAAUUUUAGGGAUUCCAUAAACAAUGGUAAACAGCACUAAUGCUUGAAAACGUAAAGUUCAUCGCUCUAGGUUUACACAAAUACAUCAUUAUGGAAACAUUCAAGUAAAUUCAGUUCAAUGCAAGCAUAUUUGGUGGAUUACUGCUCAUUUGGACAAGUGUUAGCGACACUAAACCCUCCUGUGGCUCCUGUUUCCAGCAUAUAAUGCAGUGACUUCGGAAAUGUGAUGUCCAGCACAGCGGUUUACCUGACCCAGAGUUAUUUGUUGCAUGCUCAUUCCACUUAUUUUCUCAUGAGUGCUCUCUAUCAGCAAAACAAGUAGAAAUUGCAGUAGAUUGCUUUGAACUGUAUAGGGGGUUACUCAAAUAAGUGUACACUGUCAAGACUGAUAUGGAUAAUAAAGCAACACUAUGUAAGUUGUCUGUAUUCAAAAUUUGCAAAAUGUAAACAAUAAGCGAGUACAUCAUAAAUUCAUCUACCUACCAAAAAAGUCUUAUCCCAAAUCACUAUGAUACAUUUAUAAUAAGUGAUUAUUUUUGGACUGUUGUAGCCUGUUCGGGUCAUCACCGCUGGGGAGUAACAAAUACCUGCAUGAAUCACCAUACACAUUUACUUGGAGAAGUA